AUGGCUGAAGGCGCAGGAGGAAUCGAUCGCAAAGCGGAGGAGCGCAUGGAGUUCUCCACGUCCAAGGAGGUUACGGUCCACCCGACGUUCGAGUCCAUGUCGCUGAAGGAGAACCUUCUUCGUGGAAUUUACGCCUAUGGCUACGAAUCGCCAUCCGCCGUUCAGUCCCGCGCCAUUGUGCAAGUCUGCAAAGGUCGCGACACCAUCGCCCAGGCGCAGUCCGGCACCGGAAAGACAGCCACCUUCUCGAUCAGCAUGCUCCAGGUCAUCGACACCGCUGUCCGUGAGACGCAGGCCCUUGUUCUCUCCCCGACGCGCGAAUUGGCGACGCAGAUUCAGUCCGUUGUGAUGGCGCUUGGCGACUACAUGAAUGUGCAGUGCCAUGCUUGCAUUGGCGGCACCAACGUGGGCGAGGAUAUUAGGAAGCUCGACUACGGCCAGCACAUUGUGUCAGGGACGCCCGGACGAGUAGCGGACAUGAUCAGGAGACGUCACCUGCGUACGAGGCACAUCAAGAUGCUGGUGCUGGAUGAGGCGGACGAGCUUCUCAACAAGGGCUUCCGAGAGCAGAUUUACGACGUCUACCGUUAUCUGCCCCCGGCGACACAGGUCGUCGUCGUCAGUGCUACCCUCCCAUACGAUGUGCUCGACAUGACAACUAAAUUCAUGACCGACCCCGUGCGCAUUCUCGUCAAGCGUGACGAGUUGACCCUCGAGGGUCUCAAGCAAUACUUUAUCGCUGUCGAGAAGGAGGACUGGAAGUUCGACACGCUCUGCGAUCUCUAUGACACUCUCACCAUCACACAAGCCGUAAUCUUCUGCAACACACGGCGCAAGGUCGACUGGCUCACCGACAAGAUGCGCGAGGCCAACUUCACCGUUAGCAGCAUGCACGGCGACAUGCCCCAGAAGGAGCGCGACAGCAUCAUGCAAGAUUUCCGUCAGGGCAACAGCCGUGUGCUCAUCUCGACAGAUGUGUGGGCGCGUGGCAUCGACGUGCAGCAGGUUAGCCUGGUCAUCAAUUACGACCUACCAAGCAACCGUGAGAAUUAUAUCCACCGCAUCGGCCGAAGCGGUCGCUUUGGGCGCAAGGGUGUCGCGAUCAACUUUGUUACUACCGAGGAUGUGCGCAUUCUGCGCGAUAUCGAGUUGUACUAUUCGACGCAGAUUGAUGAGAUGCCCAUGAAUGUGGCCGACUUGAUUGCGUAA